GCGCGGAAGCGCGCCGGGAGCAGGCGGGUUUUGUGAUUGGCUGGCGAGCCGGCCGCACGCGGAGUAGCCGAAGCUGCUGUGUUGCGACAGAGGCCGAACGGCGAGGCCCGGUUAAGUUGAAAUAACUAACACCUGUGGCUCAUCACCAUGCCCUCUGAUCUGGCCAAGAAGAAGGCAGCCAAAAAGAAGGAAGCCGCUAAAGCCAGGCAGAGGCCCAAGAAAGGGCAUGAAGAAAAUGGAGAUGUUGUCACAGAGCCACAGGUGGUGGAGGAGAAAAAUGAAGAAGCCAAUGGCAAAGAAAAUUUAGAGGUGGAUUUGCUGACUAAGGAGCUGGAAGACUUUGAGAUGAAGAAAGCUGCUGCCCGAGCUGUCACGGGAGUCCUGGCCUCUCACCCCAACAGCACUGACGUCCACAUCAUUAACCUCUCGCUCACUUUCCAUGGCCAAGAGUUACUCAGUGACACGAAGCUGGAACUGAACUCAGGGCGUCGCUACGGCCUCAUUGGUCUGAAUGGAAUUGGAAAAUCCAUGCUGCUGUCUGCUAUUGGUAAGCGGGAAGUGCCUAUUCCAGAGCACAUUGAUAUCUACCACCUGACUAGGGAGAUGCCUCCUAGUGACAAGACACCCCUGCAGUGUGUGAUGGAGGUGGAUACAGAGAGGGCCAUGCUGGAGAGAGAGGCUGAGCGGCUGGCCCAUGAGGAUGCCGAAUGUGAGAAGCUGAUGGAGCUCUAUGAACGAUUAGAGGAGCUGGAUGCCGACAAGGCAGAGAUGAGGGCCUCACGGAUUCUACAUGGUUUGGGCUUCACACCUGCCAUGCAACAAAAGAAACUCAAGGACUUCAGUGGUGGCUGGAGAAUGAGAGUUGCUCUUGCCAGAGCCCUUUUUAUCCGCCCUUUCAUGCUGCUAUUAGAUGAGCCCACCAACCACCUGGACCUGGAUGCCUGCGUUUGGCUAGAAGAAGAACUGAAGACCUUCAAGCGAAUUCUGGUCCUCGUCUCCCAUUCCCAGGACUUCCUGAAUGGUGUUUGUACUAAUAUCAUCCACAUGCAUAAUCGGAAGCUCAAGUAUUACACAGGUAAUUAUGACCAGUAUGUAAAGACACGACUAGAACUGGAAGAAAAUCAGAUGAAGCGUUUCCACUGGGAACAGGAUCAGAUUGCUCACAUGAAGAACUACAUCGCUCGGUUUGGUCACGGCAGUGCUAAGCUGGCCCGGCAGGCACAGAGCAAGGAGAAGACGCUGCAGAAGAUGAUGGCCUCAGGCCUGACGGAGAGAGUGGUUAGCGAUAAGACGCUUUCAUUUUAUUUCCCGCCAUGUGGGAAGAUUCCUCCACCUGUUAUCAUGGUGCAGAAUGUGAGCUUCAAGUACACAGAUGAUGGGCCCUGCAUCUAUAACAACUUGGAGUUUGGGAUUGACCUGGAUACACGUGUGGCUCUAGUGGGGCCCAAUGGAGCUGGAAAGUCGACUCUGCUAAAGCUGCUAACAGGAGAGCUGCUGCCCACAGAUGGGAUGAUUCGGAAACACUCUCACGUCAAGAUUGGCCGCUACCAUCAGCAUUUACAAGAGCAACUGGACUUGGAUCUGUCCCCCUUAGAAUACAUGCUGAAGUGCUACCCAGAGAUCAAAGAGAAAGAGGAGAUGAGGAAGAUCAUUGGUCGAUAUGGCCUAACAGGGAAGCAGCAGGUGAGCCCGAUCCGGAACCUUUCAGAUGGGCAGAAGUGUCGCGUGUGCCUGGCUUGGCUGGCUUGGCAGAACCCCCACAUGCUCUUCCUGGAUGAGCCUACCAAUCAUCUAGACAUCGAAACGAUAGAUGCUUUGGCUGAUGCUAUCAACGAGUUUGAGGGUGGCAUGAUGCUAGUCAGCCACGACUUCCGGCUCAUCCAGCAGGUCGCCCAAGAGAUCUGGGUCUGUGAGAAACAGACAAUCACCAAGUGGUCUGGUGACAUCCUGGCCUACAAAGAACACCUGAAGUCCAAGCUGGUGGACGAGGAGCCCCAGCUCACCAAGAGGACCCACAAUGUGUGAGCUGGCCGUCACAGGUUUGGGUCAGGACUCUAGACCAUCUGCUCCCCUGACCAGCCACCCAGGACUGGAGCCCGGGCUGCGCUCUCACCUCACUGCAAUAUUCCUCAUCCCUCGCCACCACUUCCCUUUCCCCUCCCAUUUCUUCCCUGUUCCUGCCUUAGUAGCACUCUGACCUCUACAGACAGUAACUGUCUGUGUCCCAGCCUCUCUGCUCACCUUUAUCCACGUCUGGACCACAGUUGGCUGUCCUCCCUCUUCCCCUAUUGUUUACCUUAUCCAUGCCUGGAUGUGGAUGCAGUUAGGGUCACCUGGGGGCAGUGGGCCCAGCCCUCACAGCUGGGCCCCCGUGAAGGGAGUCUGGGCUCCAGGAGGUGUGAGGAGGGCCCCCACCCCUCCUCUGCUCUUCCCUCCCCUUCUGCUUCUUAUUCCCCUCUGCUUCCGAUUCAGAGGUAGGGACUGGGGCCCUGGUCCUGGUCCUGGUUGGUUUUUAAAGAAUUAUUUAACAGUGUAACUACCAGAUCUGCCUGACACCCCUAUAAAGCGUCCAAUAAAGAAAAAGGAAAAAAAGCCACAGCCACACUUUGCUUCCUUGGCCUGGGUACUGUUCCCUUCUCCAGCCCAGCCCCCAACAUGGAGACCCCAGCCCCUAUUGUAUUAUGGGGCCCGGAGGGGGAUCUGAGGGUAGAGAGGACACCAAGGGCAGCCCUGAGCGGCUGAGUGUUAGGAGCGAGAGUGAGCGGGAUUCUCCGGGCCUUUGGCUCAGGAGUCUGUUAAGCUGCAGUGCUGUGGAGGGAGUCCUGGUCAGAGCCUGUGCAAAGACCGUCCCUUUGGACUCUGCUUUUACUAAUGUUUCUACCAUCUGGCCCGCUCGCAGCAAUGCUCUUCAGUACGGCUUACCUCCAGGGGCGGCUGUGAACUGGCAUCCUCAACAACUGCCCCCUUUUCUCCCUCCAUCAGAAGCCAUCUCACAGCCAACCCCAGCUCGGGCCUGGUCUGUAUGGCUGACCCUGGGGGAGGGGCCUGUCCUCAGAUAACUGUUCCUCUCAGGGGGAGAUGGGGUUUGGGGGACUACUCUUGUGCCCAUGGAGGCAUCUGAAAGACCUGUGGGCUGAGUCAGAGGAGGCUUCGGGGAGAAGGUGGGGUUUAAGCCAGUCCUUUAGGGCUGUAUGAGGUUUGGAGAGGCAGAGCAGCAGAAUGUUUUCAGUGGAAGGGGAACUAGGACAAGGAGAAGAAGUUUAAAUGAGGAGGUGGACCAGGUGGCUGAAAGGCCUUGGGGCAGGAUGAAUAACUGUCUCCUUUGCCCUUGAUAGGCUCAGAAGGGAUUUUUCCCUGGGACUUAAGGAACUUUCCCUCAAAAUUGGCUGUGAGUGCUGAGAGUUGGCCCUCUAGCUUGAAUGUCAUCCAGUGUAGCCCCUCUCCUUUUAUAGAAAAUGGACCCAGGCCCCAAGAUCUCACAGUAAGCAGCAAAGCUGGGAUUGGGACCCCAGAUCCUCUUUACUUCACACCCAGUGCUCUUUUUCAUUAGGCUUCCCAGGACCCUCAGGAUCUUAACUUCUACAAAGAGAGCCACAUGGGUCGAGAACUCUCUCAAAAAAUGUUUUCAGUGAUACCUGAAAUUCUAUUUACAAUUGAUUCCUUUAGCAUAAGCAUUACCCUCUUCCUGUUAAAUCCUUGAACAUUAAGCCCCUAAUCUGUUGAUGUUUUAAAUUUCCAGAACCUAUGAGAUUCACACACACACACACACAUAAAAGAAAUUUGCACUUUUUGUAAUUCUAAAAAAUGGGCUCCUUGUCCAAGCUGAAAUUAGGAAAUCAGUCAAGUUAUUGUCUGCAUUUUCCCCUUUAUUCAUUUUGUCCUCCAUUCCUUCUUUCCAUCCUUCUUCCCCAAGGCUCUACCUCUAGGGUUUCAUACUUUCAUGCUCUCAAGUCUUUAAAUCAGUAAGUAAAAAAACAGAUAAUGCAUCCAUGCUAAGGUUUGAUGGUUAACAAUGUGCCACUGUAUCAGGCUGCUUCUCAAAGUAGAUGGGAUGUGAAGAAUGUAACGUGAAAUUUAAAGGCUGUACACAUUGGAGAUGAGAAGAAAAAUCCCAGUACAUACUCCUGUUGCCCCUGCUUCUGUACCUGCCCAAGCCCUAGCCAUCUGUCUGGUCCUGCCAUGCCUUCGAAGCCUUCCCCACUGCUCCAGGCCAGAAGAGCUCUGUCCUGGCCCACAAGCCUUUAUUAGCAUUCUAGGUUACUGAGCGCACAGUUGCUCUCCAGUUGUACCAGGUGCCUUAGUUUUGCCUCCCUAGGUAGAUUGUAAGCUUGAAAGUAGAGACAAUAGCUUUUGCUUCUGUAUCCCUGAAUAGCACAUGCUUGGCACUUAGUAGGUAUUCAGUAAAUACUUGAUGUACUGUUGAUAACACUAGCUGGUUUAUGGACUUGAGGCAUUUGAUAAAUGCCUGGGAGCCCUUUGUGAAAGGGGAGAAAAUGUCUGACAAGCAGGAGGAAAUUGUACCCUCCCAUAGCAAGAUUUGGAAAUUGUUCCUCCUGAUUACAAAGACAGGUACUAUAAUACACCUUAGGAGAAAAUUACAAAUUGGCCCAACCAUUCUGGAGAACAGUUUGGAAUUACAGGACAGUUUCAAAUCUUAUCCUCCUAUUAGGCACGUACCCCAUGGAAGUCAAAAAGAUAGAAUGAUUCCAUACACAUCAAAAUAUUAAUAGUACUUUUUGUGGUAGUAAAGAACUGGGGGAAAAAAAGUAGACAACUGUUAAUUGGGAAUAACUAAAUUGUGGUACACCAAAGGAAUCUUUUUAAAGAAAUGAUUAUUAAUGAAGAGCUCAAAGAAGCAUGGGAAGACAAACUGAUGCAGACUGAAGGAAGCAGAAUUGGGAAGAUAGAUACAAUGGCUACAACAUUGUAAAUGGGAAAAAUAAACCAUCAAAUUGCCAUAUAAUUAUAAUGAUAGCUUUUGGCACCAGAGAAAGAGAAAAACCUAUUUUUCUCUCUUUGCAUAGUGGGGGAGUGUAAGGGUAGAACACUAUACCUAUUAAAUUUGGUUGAUGUGUUGGUUUUGCUGUGUUUUUUUCUUUUGUUACAGAGGUGAUUAGUUGGGUAGGGGAAGAGGGAAGGCUAUUUUCCAAAAUGGUGAUGUUUAAAAAAAAAAAAAAGAUAGCAAUAAAAAUAAAAUUUUUAAAGGAAAUAA